AUGGCCGAACCACACUCGUACCACGAUGAAGUGGAUGGGGCUGAGGUCAAACACCGAAGCUUUCUGGACGUCGUGAAAUCGGCAUGGCGCAAGGUUGAUCUGGACCGGCAGUCGGUUAUUUUGAUGAUGAAGGGCGCGGUUCCCCCAACCAUCGGCCUCGCGAUAUACCAAGCGGACUCCGUGGCGGCAUACUUCGCUACGUCUGGCUACCUGAUCGCCAUUAUAUCGGUGUUGGGAUUUUCCAUCAUGCCCCGUGCCAAAUUCCUGCAAAUGAUGCUGCUCGAUAUAUUAGCUGUCUGCCUAGCGUCCGCGGUUUCUCUCCUGAUGAUGUAUUCACAGGUCAAGGCACGCGAACACUCGACCAGUAGUUCAAACCAGGCAUCAUCGGAUAGCUCGGAGUUUCCGCCGUACAAUUCGUCCUCGUCGGUAACUAGUGGAGUAUUCUUAUUCUUUCAGACAUAUCUUGUCCAUUCAUUCAGGGCCAAAUUUCAACAAUUCCAGUUCCCUGUCAUCAUCUACUCUAUCGUUGCUAAUGUCGCCUUUUCUUUUGCACCCCUUCUAUCCACCUUGCCUGCAGCGAUAUCUAUGAUCCGUCGAUUGCUCGCAGGGGGCUUAUUAGGACUGGGGCUUUGUACUGGGGUUUCGCUUUUCAUUUUCCCACUAUCUUGUCGAACUGUGGUUUUCAAACAGAUGGGAGGCUAUAUAAAUGCUCUACGGGCUGCUAUGCAGGCUCAUACGGCUUAUUUUCAGUCCUUACAGACUGAUGAUGUGUUUGGACGGACGGCAACCUACGAUUCGAACGUGGAGAAGAUUGAUGAACAUGGCAAGGUGUAUACACCGGAAGCGGCGAAUAUCCGGAAAGCUGUACGAAAGAUAACGGAGCUUCAUGGAAAGUUGAGCGGCGAUUUGAUUUUCGCAAAGCGGGAGGUUGCAAUAGGCCAGUUAGGCCCAGAUGACCUCCAGUCAAUUUUUCGACAUCUCCGUCAGACGAUGAUACCCGUGGUUGGACUUGGCUUCGUUGUUGAUAUUUUUGAGCGACUAUCAGAAUACAACAAAUGGAAUGAACCCAUCGAUCCUACAGCGGCCGUAUCAGAGGACCUUCGCGACCAGGCAGUGCGCGAGUGGCAUGAGAUUAUGAGGGCGGUUCAUGAUCCAUUCGUCUCUAUGAUAAAAACUAUCGACGAGGGAUUGCAACAUGUUGCCUUGACCUUGAAGUUCGAAAAGCAAUCAAAAAAUGCUAGCUCUGCUUCAGAUCCCGAAGCAUCGGCGACUCGAGUUCCUGGGGACAGAGAAUUUAGAGUUCCUUUCGAGAGGAAGCUCUCCGAGUUCAAAGUAGCUAAGCGACUAGCACUGCGAGCAUGGAGUGAGGAGAAGGGCAUCACUCUACCUCCAGACUUUUUCGAGCACCCCGCCACUGCGCAUCUGGAGAUGGAAGAUUUGCCCCAAGACGGCUCUAUUAAUAGAGACCGAGCUCGGAGGCAACUUUAUCUAAUCCUUUAUAUGGAGCAACUGCUGGCUUCUACAGGCCACAUGGUCCUUGAUUUUGUCCGGUAUGCCGAUGAAAAGGUAGAUAGCGGAAAGCUCUCGAAAACGCGAAUAAUUAUCCCCGGUGGUAAACGUCUUCGCAAGUGGGCCAUCAGUAUUUUCAAGACCGCUGAUACUCAUGGCGAGGAUCAUUUGGGCGAUGUGAAUUCGCAUAAUGGCGUGCUUGAACUAGGCGAGGCGUACAGAAUCAGGAAGGAUCCGGAGCAUCUACCGCCGGAGACGACGUUCCAGAUGAUCGGCGAUAAAAUCCGCCGGAUACCAGCGAUGCUGCGCUCAAAGGAGUCGUCCUAUGGGUUCCGUGUUGCAUGUGGUACCAUGACUAUCGCGGUUGUUUAUUUCAUUCGAGAUACCCAGGAAUUUUUCAUCAGGCAGCGGUUCGUCUGGGCUAUUAUCAUGGUCAAUUUGGCCAUGUCUCCGACAUCUGGCCAAAGCAUUUUCGGAUUUGCGCUCCGUAUUUUGGGAACCAUAUUGGCGAUGACACUUAGCUUGUUAUGCUGGUAUAUUCCGGGAACGAGGACACCCGGCGUCCUCGUUUUUCUCUUCAUUUUUAUGUCUGCCGCAUUUUACAUACCAGUUAAGCAGUUCCGGUUCCGAACUGCGGGGAUUAUCACUGUUAUCUCCACCGCAAUGAUAGUGGGAUAUGAACUCCAGGCGCGCAAAAUCGGAGAGCAGAACGUCAGCGCAAACGGCCAGACGUACUAUCCCAUCUACCUUCUAGCCCCUUACCGGCUUGCAGUGGUAGUAGGGGGUAUUGCGGUCGCCUUCUUUUGGACUUUUUUCCCUUAUCCUAUCUCGGAACAUUCGGUCCUGCGGCAAAACUUGGGGUCGAGCUUGUACCUUCUUGCCAACUAUUACUCUAUUAUUCACGAAACAGUGACUGCUCGAAUGCGAGGGGACGAAGGCGAAAUGGCCCUCAAAACUGCGUCAGGAAAACGGCUUCUGAAAGCGCGGAACAAGGUGUUUUCUAAACAGAUGAUCAUGUUGAGCAGCCUCCGUACUUACUCGGAGUUUCUUAAGUGGGAGGUGCCCAUUGGAGGGAAGUUUCCAAAACAACAAUAUGACAGGAUUAUAACCUGUAUUGAAAACAUUGUCAACUAUCUAAGUCUUUUGGGCUAUGCCUCGGACUCUCUGAAACACCUAGGGAAUGAUGACGAAACCGACGACGCAUGGAUCCAUAAUCUUAAGAGGCUGAUAGCCAGCGCACGAGUCACAACGCACCAAAUAACAUCGGUGCUAUGUCUUCUGUCUGCCAGCCUUACGAACCAGCAACCCCUACCCCCUUACUUGAGAACACCAAAGCCCUACAGCUUUUCAAAACGACUGGAGCAGUUGGAUAAGGAUAUCUUGAGUCUCAGGCACAUAGCUGAGCCGGGUUUUGCCACAUUUUCGGUGCUACAGAUCUCCACUCGCUGCAUCGUUGGCGAUGUUGAGAGACUUAUGAAGUAUGUUAAAAUGACGUUCUGGUCGAGGAGACUUCUCUAA